UAGAAUUAAUUUAAUAAUUUCGGUCAGAUGGACAUAGGUAAUAUUUUGGUACAGCAGAAAGUGUAAAAUCUUAAAAACUGCAUAGUACAGUUGUACAAAUUUAACAAAAAUGGAAAUAAAUAACAAAUUUUUUGUAACAAAAAAAAGGAAGUAAAAUAAUUGGUUAAGGCACGCGUCGUCCUGCAAUGUCUUUUUAGCGGUUUCCUCAUCAUAUCUCUCUCUCUCUCAUUUCACUUUCUGCGCAAAGAGGGCAGGAAGAGGUUUCUUCUCCAUUUAUUGCAUUUGUCUCUCCAAAAUGUCUAAUUAAUGGUUUUGAUCUUCCAACCAGAUCUUCUUCUCUAUCUCUUCGACAAACCCUUUUUUCUGGGUUCUUCGGAGAGGUGAUUUAUCACCAAAAAAAAGAUUUUAAAAGUCUAAAUCCUUUUUUCUUUCUUUCCUUCAACAUGCCUUUACCUUGGAAGAAAUCUAAAUCUAGUCGGAUCUCUAGAUUCGUAUCAGACUUUCAACAAUCUCCUAAACAUGGUGGAUCUCUCGUUGUUGAAACUGGUUUCCCAACUUCUUUAAUCGAUCUCUUUGUUAAGAAUCGCGAUCGUCUCAAAAAACAAUCUUCAAAACGUAACAACAAGAACAACAAAGCCCAGACUGAAACGCGUGUUUUGUCUCCACCUCCUCCUCAUAUGUCUUUGCAGCGUCGUAUGUCUCUUCCUUCCAAGCUUGAUCCAGCUUUGGUUACAGAGGAUUCUCCUUUGGUGAGAAAGAUCGAGGAAACUUCUGUUCCGGAGAUUAUCCAUGAAGACGACGGUGGUCAUCGCGGUGGAGGAGGAGGAGGGUGUGUUUUGAUAGUGGUGGUGUUUAAGGUUUUUAUGGUGGCUGUGCUUGCCUUGAGCACGAAGAAGCUCGCCGUGGGGAUCACGCUCUCUGCUUUUGCCCUUCUCUUCCUCGAGCUUGCGGUGGCGCGUGUCUUCACGUACUUGAAUCUCUGUCCCGACGCGCAGAUUCGGAUAGAUUCUUUGAUCGAUAAGCUCAUAGGGAAGCGACAUAAAGAGAAGCUAGAAGAAGAAGAAGAAUCAACAUCGACGCAUGACAGAAGAAACAAUGUCUACUUUGAAAUCAUCGAAGAACCUAGAGAGGAGAUUAGAGUCACUCCUCAAUCGGAUUCGUCGUCAUUGGAGAAGGCGAAACUUGUGGUGGAUGAGAAGAAAGAAAUGCAGACGAUAAGAGAUGUUAUGUUUAAGACUGAGAAAAGCAAAAGCGCGAAGCUGAAAUCAAAGAUUGUGAAGAAGAUUGUGCCAAAGAAGCUAAGGAGUUAUAAGAAGAAGAAGAAGAUGAAGAACAAAGAAAAAGAAGAAGAAGAAGUUGAACUUGAAACUGAAGAAGAAGGGUCUAUGACAGAAGUUUCUAGCUUGUAUUCAGAUGAGAGAAUCGGGAGUGAAAUCUCUGAGAGGGAUGAUUUGAGUUCGAAUCCGCCAUUUUUAGAGAGUUGUACAGAGGUUGAAGAAGAAGAAGAGACUGGACCAAAAGAGGAUCUAACGAAAGUGAUUGGUUUGAUAGUGAUUGUUCUUGUUGGAUUGCUGUGUGGGAAAGUCUUUGCUAUUGGUCUGACACUCUCUUGGUGUCUGAUUCUCAGAGUUUUCUGUUGCAAAUCUCAAACCAGUUUCUGAAACAGAGGAAAACAUGAUUCAGACUUUGGGUUCUUUUUUUUUUGUGGAAGUCCGUGGCAGUGGUGGGCCUUAGGGAUCGCCGUUAGUUGUUGACGGUGACGGUGUUGACGGUAGAGAGACGGUGACGGGAGUGUUGUUGUUGGGGGUGGUUGGCAGUUCGAAGCUAGACAAUUGGUUUGCUUAUGAAACUGUGUAAAUUUGUUUUGUUGUUAACAGAGAUAUAUAUCGUGUUAUUAUGAUGGUCAAAGAGUCAAAGUUGUUGUUAUGAAGAACCAAAAAAAACUGAGUAAUAUAUUCUUAAAAAUGGUCAUUGUUGAUAAUGAAAGGCAGAGAGAGCGCAAUAACGUUUGUGUCGGCCAAAAUAGCACUAACUUGUGGAAUAGUUUUUGUUUGUGGC